AUGCCCAGUCAUUUCGUAGAACGUCGGACAUUAGGUAGUGGUAGUGGUCAAGUGUGCAGGCCGCACUUCCACACGCCUCUGCAUCCGUGGCUGGACUCCAAAGCACUCGGAAGCGGCGCGUGGGGCAGCGGCUUCCAGCAGGACGGCGCCGCAGAGAAACCUCUCUCCCCCGCACAGCAUCCACACCCUCACCCCCUCUUUUCAUUCCCUCCCACCCCUCCUAAAGACUCAACGCCGGACUCCGUAGCGGCUGCGGCGCUCGGCCAGCAGGAUUACCAGGCGGCCGUUGCCCACGCUACGGCGAUGAGCGUGGCGUUCAUGCAACAGCAGCAAGAGCUUCCUCUGUGCGGCGACGUCAAGCCCAUGAUGGGCGCACCGUCGAAGCAACGCGAAGGUGCGCAGCCAGACACGUGUCCUCAGGAGAGUCAGCCCUCUGGGGAGUACAACGCGCAAUACAACGCGGACUACUACAACUACCAGGGGAAGGGUUAUAAUGGGCAGCAGCAAAACAAACCGCGGCCGAACAAGACGCGUACGAGCGCCGUUUUAUCCACAACAGAGGGCCGGGAGUGCGUCAACUGUGGAGCGACAAGCACUCCACUGUGGAGACGAGACGGUACCGGACAUUAUCUAUGCAACGCGUGUGGACUCUACUACAAGAUGAACGGACAGAAUCGACCUCUCAUCAAGCCCAAACGAAGAUUGUUAAGGGGCAGUAAUAAAAAGGCGGGGCAAGCACGACAUGACAUAAAGCUGCGCCACAAAUUGGCCUCUUAA